UCUGAUUUUUUACCGGCUAUUCAUAAUAAUCAAUAUCACAUAACAAUUAAAUACUAGUAAUCUGUGCACUUAUCUUUUUUCGCAACUACGUAGGUAUUUGGGACCAAUUGAAGACAAGUAUCGGUGUAUCGAGGUUCUAAAUUUUAUGAACAGAAGGUCCAUUAAUUCUUCUGCUACUAAUCUUCUCAAGUACAUCAAACUAAAAAUGGACAAACUGGAACUUGUGUCAUCUAAUAAGAGCUUUGGAGGCUUCCAGAAAGUGUAUAGCCAUGACAGCUCUGAGCUUAAAUGUAAAAUGAAUUUCUCCAUUUAUUUACCUCCGCAAGCGGAACAAACUAAUGUGAAGCUUCCCGUCAUUUUCUAUCUCUCUGGUCUCACUUGUAAUGAACAGAACUUUAUUGGGAAAUCAGGAUUUCAAAGGGUUGCAGCUGAACAUGGAAUAAUAGUAGUUGGUCCAGAUACAUCUCCUAGGGGUGUUAAAAUACCCGGCGAUGAUGAGUCAUGGGAUUUUGGAGUCGCAGCUGGCUUUUACUUGGAUGCCACCAAAGAGCCUUGGGCCAAAAACUACAGAAUGGGCAGUUAUGUCAACAAAGAGUUAUAUGACUUAAUUAUUAGUGCAUUCAGUGAUGUUGUCGAUCCUGAGAAAAUUGGAAUCAUGGGUCACAGUAUGGGUGGUCAUGGUGCUCUUGUGUCCCAUUUAAAGAAUCCUGGCUUAUAUAAAUCUGUUAGUGCAUUUGCGCCUAUCUGCAACCCAUCUGCUUGUCCCUGGGGUGUCAAGGCAUUUACGGGCUACCUCGGAGACGACAAGAAGCAGUGGUCUGAGUGGGAUGCCACUGAACUUGUCAAGUCAUCUGAUGCACCUCCAAACUCCUAUGUUCCUCUGUUUAUUGAUCAGGGUACAGAAGAUAAAUUUUACAAAGAAAAACAAUUGCUACCUGAAAAUCUCGUGGAGGCCUGUCGAUCGGUUGGACAGCAAGUAAUUUUGAACUUGCGCGAUGGCUAUGAUCACUCUUACUACUACAUUUCUACCUUUAUUCAAGAACACUUUGACUUCCACGCAAAGAUACUUAAGGCUUAAUUUUUUAUGAAAAAAAUAUCUUUUCAAGGGUUAACGCCCGAUUUUUUACGUCUGUUCAAACAGGUUUAAAAAUAUAUUUUGUAUAUGUAUAAAAAUAGUGUAUAAAGGUAUUGUUUUUACAAGUACAGCUGAUAAUGCAUACAACUGUUUGUGCAUAAGCUCGCUCAUCUCGAUUCGUGCGUAACCUAUACAUUUUGUCACAAC